AUGGGUUGGUUUUGGGCAGAUACAACACCCGCCGUUGCGCAGCCCCCGAGUGGCCACCCUCCUAUCGGUGGAGAUCGCGAACCACCCCGAGGAUGCCCUAUGCACCAGAAAUCGGCCGAUGCUCUCAAAUUCACCGACAAGGAAUCGGCCAAGUCUCCUAGCAACUCUGCGUCCGCCUGUCCGGUACCACACACCCAGAGCGCACCCAACUCUGCUUGCCCUGUGAAGCACGACUCCAGCAACAACGAGGACAAGCCUAAAGGAAUUCUGUCUCAACUGAACCCCCUUAACUACAUGUUCCCCGACCUUUCGCAAAAGCCUGCGCCAAACCAGGAAUUUAACCUUCCUACCUCCCGAGAGGAAUCAACCAUUCCCAAGGGAUCUGGUGAUGGCAACUGGGAGUACCCUUCUCCGCAACAAAUGUACAACGCUCUCUUGCGCAAGGGAUACUCCGAUACUGAUAUCACUGCUGUCGAGUCAAUGGUCUCAGUUCACAACUUUCUCAACGAGGGCGCAUGGCAGGAAAUCCUUGGGUGGGAGCAACGAUUCGGGCGGGGUCUAUACAGAGGAUGGCAGCUCUGCAAGCGUGGCGAAGAACACACUGGGGAAGAAGUUGAUCGUCACUGGGACGGAAAGGAUGUUGAGCCCACCCUCAUCCGAUUCCAGGGCCGACCCAAGGAUAUGACCCCCAAGGCUACAAUGUUGCAAGUGCUGGGAUGGAUUUACCCCUCUAAGUUUGGUUCUGAGCCUCCAUUCGAUCGACAUGACUGGUUCGUUUCCAGAACCGUUAACGGACAGCCGCAAGAGAUAAGAUAUGUCAUUGACUACUACUCUGGCGAGCCCGAACCUACAGGCGAACCCGUUUUCUUCCUCGACGUGCGACCUGCGGCAACUAUGCAAGGUAGUGCCGAACGAAUCAUCCGCUGGGGCAGUGACGUGUGGUGGAAGGCCAUUGGAGGCGAUAAACGCGAGCAGGAUCCUCAGUCCUUGGUUCGCUAG